AGCGUGGCCUAAUUGCGCAGUGAGGCAGGCGUUAGCGCACGCCAGCCCGAGCCAAUGGCGUGCGUGUCUGGGCGGGGCAGGAGGCCCCGUGCCUGGGCUCUGUGAUUGGGAGGUAGAGACAGUGAGAGAGCCCGGCCGGGCAGUGCGUGCGCUGCACGAAAAUGCACUCGGAUGCCGCCGCUGUCAAUUUUCAUCUGAACUCUCAUCUAUCAACACUGGCAAAUAUUCACAAGAUUUACCACACCCUCAAUAGGCUGAAUCUGACAGAAGACGUUGGUCAAGACGAUCACCAGACAGGAAGUCUCCGGUCUUGCAGUUCAUCAGACUGCUUUAGCAAAGUGAUGCCUCCAAGGAAAAAGAGGAGACCUGCAGCUGGAGAUGAUUUAUCUGCUAAGAAAAGUAGACAUGAUGGCAUGUAUAGAAAAUAUGAUUCAACUAGAAUAAAGACAGAGGAAGAAGUCUUUUCAAGUAAAAGAUGCUUAGAAUGGUUCUAUGAGUAUGCAGGAACUGAUGACGUUGUAGGUCCUGAAGGCAUGGAGAAAUUUUGUGAAGAUAUCGGAGUUGAACCAGAAAAUGUAGUUAUGCUUGUUCUAGCUUGGAAAUUGGAUGCACAAAACAUGGGUUAUUUCACAUUGCAAGAAUGGCUAAAAGGAAUGACAUCGCUGCAAUGUGAUGCAACAGAGAAACUGAGAAAUUCCUUGGAUUACUUGAGAUCCUUAUUAAAUGAGCCUACAAAUUUUAAGCUAAUUUAUAGAUAUGCAUUUGAUUUUGCACGGGAAAAGGACCAGCGCAGCCUAGACAUAAAUACUGCCAAGUGUAUGUUAGGACUUCUGUUGGGAAAAACGUGGCCUCUUUUUCCAGUAUUCCACCAGUUCCUAGAGCAGCAAUCAAAAUACAAAGUUAUCAACAAGGACCAAUGGUGUAAUGUGCUAGAAUUCAGUAGAACAAUUAAUCUUGACCUCAGUAAUUAUGAUGAAGAUGGAGCAUGGCCAGUGUUGUUGGAUGAAUUUGUGGAGUGGUAUAAAGGGAAACAGAUGACAUAGGAGUUUACUAUGCACAGCCGCUCAAGAGUCACUGUUACUACAGUUGUCAACCAUUAGCCAUAAACUGCUGUUUGUAUCAAAGCGCAUGCUGCUUUUCUUGCACUGUAUCCCUUUUGCAGGGAACUUUUGGUGUUUGCUAUUUAACAGGCCAGCUAUGCUUGCUGUGUAGCAUUGUUCUCUUUGAAGGCUGCUUUGCAUUUUGUAUUUACACUACAGAUUGGUGAGCUUGCCAGCAUCCUCACUGUGAUUAUGUGUAUAUUGCUGUCUAAAUUUUGUAUAUGUGUAUAAAAAAGCUUCACCUAGGGAUUAUUUCUGGAGAAAUGUAUUGUAAAAAUAAUGUUGUGGCAUAUUUCUAGUCACCUUCAAUGAACAUGUAACUUCUAGUUUUUGUUUUUCAUUUGGUCUCAAAUGUAGCAUUUCAGAAAACAAAAUUAAGACUGUUUGAACAUAGUUAUCAUGAGGAAGAACUGUUGGUAGUUCUAAUUUUACUGUUUAAGAUGCCAAUUUUUGGGACAAGGAGAGGUGCAUUAUGAUUUUCUUCACAGGUAUAUGUCAAACAUCACUUUUGUUCAGUAAGAAGUAUUGAUGUCUUUUUUAUGAUUAAUAUUAUUAAAAUUGUAAUAAUUGUACAUGCCACAGAUGAUUUCCACUUGGAGAAGAAAGUACUGGCUUUUUAAUGUCAAAACUGCAGUAGUUUGAAUAUAGGUACAAGUGAACAAAUUAAAGUACCUUUUAAAAAUGGGUUUUAGACUUUUGUAAAUUGCCUUUGGCAUAUUCCUUUUAUUUUUGGUGUAUCAAGACUGUUCGAACUAUGUUGCUACAAAGUGAAAUUUAAACUUUUUAUCUAAAAUUAGUGUUUAGUUGGGGAAUUAAGGCUCAUUAUUUUCAGCCAACAGUUAAACCUAUGUUUAGUUUUUGUUUGUAACUUUAGUUUCCCAUGCUUAUAAUUUUGUGUUUCUAAGUAAAAAAAUAUAUUGAAUAGUGAAAGUUUAAGUACUUUCAUGCUAGGGAUUGGAUUUUCCUAGCCAAAUGUCCGUUGCAGGCAAUGGGCAUAUUAAACACCAGCAUUAAAAAGUUAAAUAUACAAUACCGUUAGUAAGGGCCACUUCUUAAUUUCAUGAAUUUGAUUAUUUGUAUAGGAAAGUUUUAGCCAUUUAUCUGAGGAAAAUGAGUGACUGGGAUGGGUUUUAAGUUCUGUAUUUUGUCAUGUCAUCUUUGACUUCUGUUUCAUAAAAUAACAUCAGUAUUAAUUUUUUUUUUAAAAUAGAUUGUCAUAGUUUCUGGUGCCAUUAAACUUAUUUUGGUCCCAAAGAUUUGUUAAAAUGGUCCAAAAAUGGUAUAUUUUAACAAAAUCAGCCACUGAAUAUUUUGGAAUAAAGCGGUAACAUUACUUUGCUGCAGAAAUAUUUUUAAAGGAAUUAGCAGUUUUGAAACCUUUCUAGAUUGUGAUCCAAAAAAGUACCUUGUGUUGAAUGUGAAAUUUUCAGCUGUACUGAAGGCUCUAUUCUGCUCUUACUAAAGUCACUGAUACAACUCCAGUUUACUUCAGUGUGUGCAGAAUUAAGCCUAGUUCACCAAAAGCAUACUAAUCUUGCUGCUCUGGACCAGAGUCAUAGUUCCUUUGCUAUUAGUGGCCAUUUUGUGUUUAAACUUGUUUUUUCCCUAAUUCAACCACCUGAGACAAAAGUUACGUAUGUAUAUCCAGUAUAUGCGCAUAUACUGCCUUCCCCCACCAUGUUUUGUUAUGGGAUUAAAAACAAAGAGAAAUCUUAAAUUUCAUAAUGACAAAGCAUACAUAAUUGUUGCCUGUUUGUAUGCUGUUAUGUUAUAACAUGACUUACAUGUUUGAUGCCAGUUUGCACAAGUCAGUAAUUAAAUGGUGUGUGGUAUUUAAUGUUUACAAUAAGUCUCUUAUUAAAACACAUGUGUUUUAAUAAGACUUCUAAUGUAAAUAUAUAUAUUACAGUGAGUAUAGCCAUAGGGAAAAUAUCUGUGGAGCUACUGGUUUAGUUCUUUUAAAAAGUAAACUUGGAAGCAAUAUAGCUUGUAAAAUUAGGCUAAAUAGUGGUUGCUAAAAAACUAGGUAAAAUACUAUAAGUGUUCUUACAUGUUAGGCUAGUUACAAUUCCAGACAAGUUUUUAGCACAGUGGCACAGUUAAACGACAAGAUUUUGUUGCAUAAUGAAUUUUAUAUGUCAUGAAUAACUGGCUUCCAAUAAUGGAGGCAGAAGCCAAAGAAACUUGUAAUCAUUAUUAUAGAUAUAACUGUCAUAAUCAGGGUCAACAGAAAUCUGUUCAGAUCACUCAGACUUUUUUUGCAGAUUUUACUAUGUUUAACAGAAUCUAAAAUUUAAUUAAUCCCCCCCCCCACACACACACACUUUUUAUGGAUAUUUGUGCUGGGAAAAUUGAUAAUAUACUGCUCUUAUUUGCUUUGCAUACAGUCCAUGGGGAGCAGGGCCCAAGGAACUGGUUAAUGUGAAAGAGUUUAAUAGUGACUGAAAAUACAUACUUUUUCAUCUGCUUCCAGUUGCCUAUACGAGUCUCCAGUGAGUUUCUAUUAGGUGUCCUCUUAAAUCAAACCACUAACAUAGCUGCAGAUAAUUUUCACUUUUGUUGGCAUUUACAGUGUAGAGGCCAAAAAAAGGAAUGGACCCAUGACUGAACUAAGCCUAUCCAUGUUGACUAGUUAUUGUAUGGAAACUUGCACUCCUGUUUCUUGAGCUGUAUUUGGUCUGUGAAUAAACAGAGGACUUCAUUCUUCAUGUCUUUUGGUGAUAAAUCUCAAAAGCACUACUUUUUUUUUUUUUUAAACAGUGGGAACUCCCUAAAUAGUUCACUUUGCUUUUUUGUUCUGUACACUUUUCUUUAAAUGUAAUGAAAUGAUUGGCACUUCAGUUUAUUCCUUGUUUUGCAGGAGAAAAUGCACAAAAUUUGCCAACUUCUUGGCCUUGAAGCUAAAUCUGAGACAUAGGUCAUUAUGGAAAAGUGUUGCAAGUUCUGUACAUGUUUUUCUGAUGAAAAAUAAUUGUGUAGUUGAGGUUUAAUGAUCUGUGUGUUAACUUUGUUUGGUAUUAAAGAGAAAUGAGGCAGUGAGUUGGUUAGUGAGGAAAUUAGUACCCAGAUACUACAGUGUUUGGCACCCUAUAAAUACUUAAGAUUGAUAGAUGAUGGGCUUUGUUAGAGUUCCUUAUUUAAGAGAUUUUAAGGAUAAUAUUAAUUACAGGAAAACUUAACAAUAUCAGAUGUAUGCAUCUGGUUCCUUCUUUUGCCAAAUAGACUAAAACAAUCUAAUACUAACAGAUGGGAACUUGCUCCAUUUAAUCCCAUGUAUUACCUUUAUUGCCUAAUCUAGAUCAACGUACCCUUUUCUUUCUUUAAGGAAGUCUAUUCAAGAAAGUGGCAGCUCCAGUUUUCAGUCUAAACCUAUUUUAAUGUUCUUUAAACUACAGUACAAAUUUGGAAUGAAUGCAUCUGGUGUAUUUUAACCCUUUAAUCUUUAAAUUUUUGACUUGUUUUUAUAGAGAACUGUAGUUUCCUGUUACAUCACAAACUCAUUGUUUCAUUAUUUCAUCACAGAUGUGCCUAGUGCAAUCAGUUAGUGAGACCUGGCAUGGGGUACUGACUUAAUGUUCUGCAGCCUUGUUUUUGGAGGGGUAGAAGUAUACCUCAAUUUUGCUAGGAUUUUUCCAGGUUUCUGUUGGCCCUUGGUCACAAGCCUAACAAAUUGUUAAAUACUCUUUGAAGUUUAUACAGACAGCUUUAAAAGUUAGCUUGUGCCCCUCAUUUUAAUUAUAACUGCUAAAAUACCUCUUAUAAGCCUUAUACUUUCUCCUUUCAUAUUGUUGUAUAAGUGUAUAGAAUCUAUCCACCAACUAAACUGUAGGUUGUCUGUAAAUGAGACCAAAAUGUGGGUUGAUUUUGUGUUAUCACAAAAUAGUUUCUACUGAUAUUGCUGUUACAGGAACAGCAGUUAACCUAUAACUGUGAAUGCUUUUAUGUCUUAGGUAUUUGCAUCUUAUAUGAGGUGUGCUAAAGUCCUGUGAUUCACAACCUGACUAAAGAACUGUUAUGCCACCUUACCUGAGUUCAGCUGAUUGGUUUUUAGGUUUUGCUGGAGUUAAUGUAAAAUGAUAUCCCACAAAUAAACGGUAUUUGUGUUGGUUUCAGAAA